AUGGCGACGGUUCAGCGAGCGAGCAACAAGCUCUCAAUCUCCUCGAACCGAAGCUCAGAUGGUCUUUACAAGCAUCGCCAGAGUAUGCUUUUCCGGGAACUAGAGAUUCUACUUGAACUCACACCGAGCACCUUCAGCUCGCCACUUCUGGCUCUCCCAAGAGAAAUCCGCGCCCAAAUCUUCAACUAUGUGUUACCCGACACCAAAAAUCGUCCCGAACUUCACACCUGUCUAUGGGGAGCAGAGAUGUCCAACGGAGAACCCUGGAGGCACGACAUUUUUGGGUAUGGAUCCUCCGUAGCCAAGGCAUCCCGAUUACGGCCCGAGCUCCUCCUUAUUAACAAACAAAUUCGCGAUGAGCUGCUUUACAAUUACUUUCGCCGCAGCAAGAUUACCUUGCACGCUGAACUACGAAAUACGCGGACCAAUAACGACUAUUUUGAGUUCUCACAGCACAUUCUGCAAUUGCCCAUGCUGAAGCAUGUAACGCAUAUACGCUUCUACAUCGAAUGGAACUACACAACGCUGAAGAACGGGGGCCGAGAUCGUAUGAUGAGAGACCAGGCACGCAUGACAAGCAACCUCCUCGCAGCCAUGGACAAGAUCGCCCUUUCGCUUCAAUGCAUUGAAACCAUUGAAUUGUCGGUCCUCUUCUUCUGGAAAUUUCGAAGCGGCAAAAUGUACAGUCUUUCCAUGCAGGACCUCUUUGACCUCGAAGACGUCUUCAAGCGGUGUGCUGAGUUGCGUUGGCUUAGUCUACUUGGAGAAAAUGACCUCCCAGGGAAGAAAAAGAUUACCACCUCUACUUAUCUCAGCCCGACUUCGGCGGCGGCAACUUCUUCAGCGGGUGUAGGCUAUAAGAUGUCGACAGAGAAGAAGGGUACGGAGCAGAGUGGAGGCAUGGAGAUCUGCCUAAGAACUGACGACAUGCCACAAUCAGAACCGCCCAAACUGUAUCGCCAUCCUACGAGAAGCGAGAUCAUCGACCAAGCAGCAGCUGAGGGUCAUGAUGCGGAUAUCCCAGGCAACCUCGGUUCUAUACACCAAGUUCCUAGUCAUACCUCAGGGAGGCGGCAUUCUUUAGACGAGAAGAAGCAUGAGUACACGACGGGAGAGCAAGAUGUUGAAAAAGGCAACAGACCAGCUUCUAUCUACAGUGCAGACGAACCAGACGCGGAAGAGGAGCCUGAACGCGAUCCAAAUAUUGUAGACUUUGACGGCCCCGAUGACCCCGAGAACCCACUCAACUGGAAGGCAUCCCGUAAAUGGGGUAUGGUUGCCCUAAUUAGCGGGAUUACUUUCCUCACGCCUCUCGCAAGUUCACAAUUCGCGCCUGGCGUCCCAGAAGUUAUGCGCGACUUCAAUUCGACCAGCGAUUUGCUGGAGGGCUUCAUCGUGUCCGUAUAUGUCCUUGGGUUUGCUUUUGGGCCGUUGAUCAUUGCGCCGCUGUCAGAGAUGUAUGGUCGAUUGCCAUUGUAUCACAGCUGUAACUUGCUUUUCAUCGUCUUUACGAUCGCGGCAGCUGUAGCGACGAACAUGGCGCAGUUUGUUACGUUCAGGUUUUUCAUGGGCUGUUUCGGAGGAGCGCCUAUGGUGCUUGGUGGUGGGACCAUUGCAGACCUCAUACCUAGGGAGCAACGAGGCACUGCGAUGGCAGUCUGGAUGAUGGGACCGACUAUCGGGCCUUGUGUUGGUCCUAUUAUCGGUGGCUUUUUGACGGUUGCGAAAGGCUGGCGGUGGAAUUUUUGGUUCGUAGCUAUAGUGGGUGGCGCAUUCUUCAUCACGUCACUCAUUCUGAUGAGGGAAACAUCUGGAAUUAUCAUCCUACAACGAAAAGUCAAACGACUGAAAGCCGAAACUGGAAACUCAAAGCUAUGCUCAAAACUGGAUGGUGGUCUUACACCCAGCCGACUGUUCAAGUUUUCAAUCAUCCGACCUGCCAAGAUGUUAUUCCGCUCCACCAUCUGCUUCGCCAUCUCACUCUAUAUUGCGAUAACAUAUGCAUAUCUCUACAUAUUGUUUACGACAUUCACCGCCGUCUUCAAGGGUCAGUACGGCUGGCAUGGUGGUAUCACUGGUCUGUCUUUUCUUGGAUUAGGCAUUGGGUCUCUUAUUGGCCAAUUUACCUACAUCCACUACGGCAACAAAGUAGUGCACAAGCACAUGGCGCGCGGGGACUUUCGUCCCGAACACAGAUUGUAUAUGAUGUGUAUCGGCGGUUUAUUCAUUCCAUGCGGUCUCUUCAUCUACGGUUGGAGUGUACAGUAUCAGACUCACUUCAUGGUGCCUAUUGUUGCAACAGGCAUCAUCGGAUUCGGUCUGCUGAUGACAUUCAUGCCGGCGACGACGUACUUGGUCGACGUGUUCACUAUUCACGCCGCGAGUGCCAUGGCAGCGAGUACAGUGCUGCGCAGUCUUGCAGCAGCAUUUAUUCCAUUGAGCAGUCAGACCAUGUAUGCACAAAUGGGAUACGGAUGGGGUAACAGUCCACAGGAGGUGCUGAUCAAGAUCAAAGCCGCGGCUAUCAAUCCAGUAGACAUCCAACUAUGGGGAAAUCCCGUGAUCGGCUGGCUGGCUGGUAAAAAAGAAAAAGGAAUAGGGCGAGACUACUCGGGUGACAUUGUUGCCGUGGGGGAAGAAGCAAAGAGUGGAAAAUGGGAGGUUGGAGACGAAGUUUUCGGAUUGUGCAAUCGACCCAUGGCGGAAGGAACAUUCACACAAUACCUUUGUGUCAAUCCAACCUCCGAACCCAUCGCAAAGAAACCCAGCACUCUGUCUCAUCACGAAGCCGCCGCCAUACCUCUUGUUGUCUUGACCGCAUUCGCCUGUCUCGAUUGGCUUCCGUCUCCAUCCAGCUCCCCAUCUCCCUCGCAACGUCGCGUGAUCAUAUCAGGAGCAAGCGGUGGUGUAGGAAUGUGGUGUGUACAGCUAGCAAAGAAGCUCUACUCUUGCCAUGUCAUCGGCAUCUGCUCGGGCCCCAACGCCGAUUUUGUGCGCAAAUUGGGCGCAGAUGAGGUAAUUGACUAUCGCACGCAAGACGUACCAAAUUCUCUGCUUUCCAAGAGGCCCGCUGGUACCAAAUACGAUCUGUACAUUGACUGUGUAGGUGGCACGGAGAUGUUCGAGCAUUGGAAGCAACUCCUUCAUCCCUCUGGCGCGUACAUUACCAUUGUUGGAGACAAAACUUCAAGGACCGCAAUGGGAGGACCGUUGACGUAUUUCACAUACCCAUCCCAAGUCAUACGACAUAUUCAGGGUUAUCUGUUUGGGCCGCGGUAUGCGAAUGUCAUUCUGUACCAGAAGAGCGAGUUGCUCGAGCAAGUGAGGGAGUUGGCAGAGAAGAGCGAUGUGCAGGUUGUAGUCCAAGAUGUUGUCAAGGGGAUUUUGACCGAAGGAACUCAUGUUGAAGCUUGGGAGAAGACUAAAAGCUAUAUGGUGGAAGGACGAGUCAAGGGUAAGAUUGUUAUUGACAUUGCGUAA